AUGGGUCCAGAAGGGAAACAAGGUGAAUCAGGACCAAAGGGAGAUAAUGGCGCCAAAGGCGACAGUGGUGACAAGGGCGACCAAGGUGACAAGGGUGACCAAGGUGACAAGGGUGACAAGGGUGACAAGGGUGACAAGGGUGACAAGGGUGACAAGGGCGACAAGAGCGAUAAGAGCGAAAAAGGUGGCAAGGGCGACAAAGGCGACAGAGGUGACAAGGGCGACCAAGGUGACAAGGGUGACCAGGGCGACAAGGGUGACCAGGGCGACAAGGGUGACCAAGGCGACAAGGGUGACCAGGGCGACAAGGGUGACCAGGGCGACAAAGGCAACAAGGGUGACCAGGGUGACAAGGGUGACCAGGGUGACAAGGGUGACCAGGGUGACAAGGGUGACAAGGGUGACCAGGGUGACAAGGGCAAUAAGGGUGACAAAGAUGACAAGGGCGGCAAUAGUGACAACCAACGUCCUGCUAAUAGCACAACUCAACAAGGCUCGUCACUCUCGGAGCUCGAAGCCCUUCGGCUUUGCCAGCCCAAGUCAAAUACCGAUGGCAAAGAAGUCAAUGUUGGAGGCGUAACAUACAAGAUCACCUGUCGGCGAGUCAUUGCCGGGGAAAAGUACAGCGUAUUCAACACGCAUCGUCUUGAAGAGGCUAUGGUCAUUUGCUCAACCCUGCCCGGCUGUGAAGCAGUUGGCGCUAGCGGCAGUUCCAUCGUCACAUGGAACCCCAAGCGUGAUGUCGAAACAGCCCCAUCACCUGACGGAAUAGUUGCUGUCGCAAUGCAGGCUCGACCGUCGAAAGACAUUCCACCAAACAUCAAGAAGGCCCGAGAGAGUGAAUGUCCAGAUAUCCAUGGAUCAACAUUGGAUAUGGGUGGCGUCAAAUAUGAGAUCUUCUGCACAAGCAAGAGGAAUACGCUCAAAGACCCCGUGAAAACAAUGAGUGCGGAGAAAAAUCUUUUUGAAUGUCUUGCACUAUGCUCCUCAGAGCCAAACUGCAGAGUUAUUGCACCAACAGGGCCUACGCAGAAGUGUUCGGUUUCUGACAAACAGGAGUCAGGGUUUGAAAACGAUAAAGGAGAGAGUAGGAUUUAUUGGGUUGCUCGUGCCAUAAAUAGGGGAUAA